AUGAUUCGAGAACUACGAGAGAGUGGCAGGCGUCUUGAUGUCACAUGCUUCUUUGAAGAGUUGCCUCUGCCUGUGGCUGGUAAGGUUGUUUCCAAGGAGUCAGCAACUCUUGAAGGUUACAACUCGAUCAGCAUCCACGCCAAUCAUAGCGACAUGGUCAAGUUCAGCUCUGCUGACGAUAAUGGAUUUAAGCAUGACAGGGACCGCCAGUGUCUCAAAGACUUGUGGGCAACUGAUCCUGAAGAUGAAAAGACGCGAAUCCAGCAGACCAAGGGCGAUCUACUGAAAGAUGUAUAUAGCUGGAUCCUCGAGAAUCCCGAACUCCAAAAAUGGCGUGAUGAUCAGCAAAAUCGGCUUCUUUGGGUCCGGGGGGAUCCCGGAAAGGGUAAGACGAUGCUGGUCUGUGGUAUCGUUGACGAGCUGAAGGAGUCAAUUGGUAAAUCAAAGCUUUUGUCGUUCUUCUUCUGCCAAGCCACCGACUCACGGAUCAACAAUGCCACCGCUGUCCUGCGCAGCCUUAUCCGCCAGCUUGUCGACCAGCAGCCAUCACUCAUAUCACACAUACGGAAGAAGUAUGAUUUGUAUGAAUACACAAACUCUUGGUUCGCUGUGUCUAGGAUUUUUAUUGAUAUCCUGAAAGACCACAGUUUGAAGAGCACUAUCCUGGUCAUUGAUGGCCUUGACGAGUGCCAGGACAAUCUGCUAGAGCUCCUUAAAAUUGUACAAAAAUGGCGUUCAUAUCCCCGUGUUAAAUGGCUCGUUACUAGUCGCAACUGGCCGUCUAGUGUUCAAGAGCGACUAGAUACUGCCGGGCAAUUAUCGCUUGAGUUGAAUGCUAAGUCGGUCUCUACUGCUGUUGAAAUAUAUAUUAAGCAUAAAGUAUGUCAGUUGGUGAAGCUAAAAAAGUAUGAUCCUAACACACAAAAAGCUAUCCAAAAACACUUGUCUGAAAAUGCAAACGGCACCUUCCUCUGGGUGGCCUUGGUCUCACAGGAGCUUGCUAAAACAUCACGGUGGAACACUCUCUCAAAGCUAAAUACGUUGCCGUCCGGACUUACUGAUUUAUAUAAACGGAUGUUGGAGCAGAUUUUUACCGCUGAGGAUGCCGACCUCUGCCAACGCGUCCUAGCUGUUGUUUUAACUGUGUAUCGACCCAUCACAUUGGACGAAUUGAUAGCUUUUGUCGAUAUGCCUUACGGUGUCUCUAAUGACUAUGAGGUCCUAUCGGAGAUCAUAGCGCUUUGUGGCUCGUUUCUCACACUCCGCAAACGCACUAUCUUCUUUAUUCAUCAGUCUGCGAAAGAAUUCUUGAUGGAAAUGGCUCCAACCUACUUUUUCGUAUCUGGGAUGAAAGACCAACACCUGGCCAUUUUUUCACGGUCUCUAAACGUCAUGUUUGCAACGCUUCGGCGCAAUAUAUAUAACCUCAGCUCUCCUGGGUCCCCUCUCGAUCAAGUAAGGCCACUCGAUCCAGACCCAUUAGCAGCAGCACAAUACUCAUGUUUCUUUUGGGUGAAUCACCUUCAAGAGUCCGAUAUUAAGGCGAAUAAUGAUCUCGAGGAGGGUGGGUCAGUUGAGAAAUUUCUGUUUCAGAAAUUUCUCCACUGGGUCGAAGCCAUCAGUCUUCUUAGAGGCAUCUCAGAAGGGAUCGCGGCGAUGGUAAAACUUGAUAGCUUUCUUAAGAAGAUAGGCAAGUCACAAGCAGUUUCGAAGCGUGUUCUAGAUGGUUAUCGAUUUAUUCGAUAUCACAGGCGAGCAGUCGAGAGCAGCCCGCUCCAAGUGUACAAUUCAUCUCUCAUUUUCAGCCCAGCCCAGAGUAUAACCAGCGUAUGCUAUCGAAACGAGAGACCACAAUGGGUUCUCGUUGAGCCGGCGAUGGAAGAUGAUUGGAAUCAAUGCCUUCAAACCCUUGAGGGGCAUAGCAGUUGGGUCUCGUCAGUUGCCUGGUCACUGGAUGGAAGCCGGCUUGCAUCGGGGUUGGGUGAUGGCACAGUCAAAAUUUGGGAUCCAGCUAUCAGGCAGUGCACGUUGACUCUUGAGGAGCAUAGCAAUUCAGUUGAUUCAAUUGCCUGGUCACUGGAUGGAAGCCAACUCGCGUUGGGGUCAGGUGAUAGCACAGUCAAGAUUUGGGAUCCAGCUACCAGGCAGCAGUGUGUGUUGACUCUUGAGGUGCAUAGCAAUUUGGUCUCAUCAAUUGCAUGGUCACUGGAUGGAAACCGGCUCACAUCGGGGUCAAGUGAUAGAAUACUCAGGAUCUGGGACCUGGCCACUAGGCAGUGCACAUUGACUCUCAAGGGGCAUAGCAAUUCAGUCACAUCGAUUGUCUGGUCACUGGAUGGAAGCCAACUCACAUCGGGGUUGGGUGAUAACACAGUCAAAAUCUGGGACCUGGGCACUAGGGAGUGCAUAUCAACUCUUGAAGAGCAUAACAAUUCAGUCAAUUCGAUUGUCUGGUCACUGGAUGGAAGCCGGCUCGCAUCGGGGUCUCGAAAUGCCAAAGUCAGGAUAUGGGAUCCAGCCAACGAGCAGUGCAUAUCAAUCCUUGACGUCCAGUCUUCUGGUCGUCUUCGAUUUGCCACGUGUCUGGGCUGCGUUGCAUUGAGUGCCGAUGUGGCCGUAAUUGUAGCAACGGAAGCAUUGCCUGACUUUGCAGGCGCGAUCUUAUAG